GGGUGUUGCGCUUUCCGGUUCCUGUUACAUCGGUGGAAAGGAGGGAGAUGCAGGAGAAGCGAACGGAAGAGUAAAUGGAGGGGUUCGCGGCCGGCUGUGUUGUGCGUAGCCUUGAACUCUUUGCAAAUACACACGUAAAGAGGGGUCUGCUCACUUUGGACGAGCGUUUUCCCUGUAGAAACUGGACUUUGCUUGCCGUUUUUCUUUAAAUUUCUCAUUGCCUUUCCGAAGAGGAGCGUUUCCAGCUUGCAGCGCUUCACGGAAGAGAAACAUUCAAUCCGUUGCAUUCCGUUGGGGACGAUUCUGUGAGCUGAAGGUGGCUUGGAACAGCCUCUGGCACCACAUACAAGUAAACGACUGCUGUUUACAUGCUUGAGGAUUUCUUCUCCAGUCAGUGUUUGCCUGGCUUCGUGAUGAAGAAAGCCCCACGGAAAAACCAAGGCGAGCGCUACCGCCUGAAGUUCCGGCGUUUGCGCCGGGCAGCCAAGGUACUGGUUUAUGAGAAUGCAGCCUUGUGUGACGAGAUUGCCCGACUUGAGGCAAAAUACCUGCGUGUGCGGGAAGAGCGUCGCUUCUUGCUCGCCCGGCUGUUGCAAGCCCAAGCCCUGGCUGAUGAUGAGUCUCCUGUACCUGUUGCUGCUGCUGUUUCACAGCCCUCCCCGGAUGAACCAGCUGUCCGCAAACCUCGCCGUGAGCGCAAAGGCAAAGAGAACGGUCGGGCAUCCAGGCGUAGGGCAGUGGCAGAGCCAGGGAUCCGCCGACUGGUUCCCCCGCUUCCCUUAGAUCCUUCAGGCCGACCUGUUUUUCCCAUCACUUUGGGAUCGCUGACUGUCUACAGCCUGGGUGAAAUAGUCUCUGACCGUCCUGGUUUCCACAUAGGGAGUGCCAUCUACCCUGUGGGGUACUGCAGCACUAGGAUCUUUGUUAGUGCACGCAGGCCAGUGCACCGCUGCCUCUAUACCUGCCAGAUCAAGGACGGUGGUGCUGUGCCACGCUUUGAAAUUGCUCCUGAGGAUGACCCGGGUUGUGUUGUCGCUGGCCCCACACCAGAUGCCUGUCACGCUCAGCUCCUGGAAGCUGUGGGCGCAGCACAGCUGGAACCAGCAGGCGCUGAGUUCUUUGGUCUCUCACACCCGGCCAUCCAACACCUCAUCCAGAGCUGUCCGGGGGCACGCAAGUGUGUUGGGUACCGCUGGUUGCGCUUUGAAGUGUGCCGCCCAGCAGAUGGGCCUCCACCUGAGGGGUUACCUUCAGGAAACCCUGGAACUGACUACGAGGCUUUCCAGAACCAAGGCUUGGCAGGGCCUGUGGGCCUGGACUUCCCAGAAGCCACUCCUUCUCCACCCAGUGGAAACGGCUACGCAGAACUCUUUCUGCCAUGUGCUCCGUCAGUGGGAUCUCCCAUUCCCCAAAGCCCAGAAAGUGACACGGACUGAACCUUGCUGGGUACACAACUCAGGAGAGCAGGAGGCAUCCCCCACUGCCCUUAAGCUUUCCUGUGGAGGAGACUGAACUGACACCCUAAACUGCUUGCUCUGUGAUUUGCAUAGUGGUUCUCAUGCGUAGAUACAUGUGAGAAUGUAAGUAUAAGAUAGUGGUAUAUCUGCUGUAAAAGAUUCUUGAAAGAACUACUUCAAAUGAUUCUCAUCAAUAAAAUUAGCUGCAAAAAAAUCCACAA